AUGCCAAGAAGAAUAAAACUAUAAUAAUAAUAUAGUACUUUUUUUUCCCUUCUAUUUUUAUUAAUCAUUUUCUUGUUCUUUUAUUUAUUUAUUUCUUUUGCUUAUUCAAAGCUACUCAAAAAUGUACAAUAAUCAUCCUGAUCCAUAUGCUGGACAAUAUCCACCUCCUCCUCCAUUAAGGAUACCUCCAGUAACAACAGAAGAAGAAGAACCUUUUACUACUCAUUCAAUACCAAUGCCACAACCACUACAGGAUGUAUAUACAGUGCCUUUAUCACCACAGCCUAUCAAUAAUGCUUAUUAUCCAUCUCAUUCUAUUGUAGUAGAACCACCACAAUCAAAACCUUAUAUCUCCCAACAACAACAACAACAACCACAGUCUAUCAUCUAUAAUAACCACUCUCUUUCUCAGCAACAGUAUUAUAACCAUCACAACCCUUCUUCUACUACUGCUCCUCUUCUUCCUUCUCAUCAGCCUAUUUGUAGUAAUAGCCCUUUACCUAAUAGUCAACAAGAUCACCCAUUAGAAGAUUAUUUAAAACAAGAACGAGAGGAGUAUCUUAAGCAAAAUACGCAUCCUCACUAUCAACACAUACAACAAAAUAAUUCAUCCUAUACCAAAAUAAAUGAAGAAUUAGAAAUCGAAGGAUUAGAAGAAAAGGCUCCAAUGGUUCAACAUCACCAGCCCUUUGUGGCUAAACCUGCACCACCACCUGAGAAUGAAGUAGAGUCCUAUCGUUAUCGACCAUCAGCAGGUUAUACUGACUCAAAUCAUAAACGAGACUGUUGUUGUUGUUGUUAUAAUCCAGCUAUUACAUGUUAUUCAUUCUUUGGUUUACUACUAAGUUGCGCAUUCUUAGCUGCUGGUAUUGCACUCAUGAUUGCUUCAAAAGUGAUAACAAAUAAAUGUAACAAUAGCUGUACAGAUACGUCAGUAUGUGGUACAGUCUGUAACAAAGUACUUCAUGAUGGUCUAUUUUACGGUGGAAUUGUUGUGGCUGGUUUAGCAGCCAUUGCUGUUUUAUGGAAACUUAUAAUGUGGACAUGUGCAGGCUACUCUUCAAAUAGAAGAUAAUGAUAUACCUUCCUUAGUUGUUGAUAUUAUCAAUAAACUUAUUUAUGAUGUACCAGUAGAUCUGCUCUUUUAUAUAGACACAUUUGUUAAUAAUUUGUAGAUCCGUUAAUAAACAAGGCUACAUCUUUUUCUUGCUCAGUUUUAAAAUGA